ACCACAAUCACAACGCAGACGUGCGCCGAGGGAUCGCUACCGUCUUCAAAGUCUUGGUUGUGCGAUCGUCUCGUCUACUUCACGAGCUCGCGGAGCGAUGUGGCUGGCAGGGCCUGUACGCGCACAACCAAAUAACCGAACUCGCAUCAACCUUCCAGGGCAACUCCGUGGCCGAGGGCGACACUCUGGUUAUAAGUAUUCGUCUCGCUUCUGAACUCCUCAUGAACAGAUAUGGUCUUCCAAAACCGACUGAUCCGACAGGAUCUCUUGCCAUGUAUGAAGCCGGGAUGCUCGAAGAGGUUGCGAGAGACAAAAACCUCGCACUCGGCGCAUCCGGCAGCUUGAGGGGCACGGCCUAUAAUAACAGCGUUCUCCCUCGAUGCGGAGCGAUGGUGGAGGCCAUUGGACAGCGCAUGGCCUACGAGGCAGCCCGGGCGCAAGGCAACAUCGCGCCCGAGGUGCUCAACGUGUUUGAAAAGUCUUGCAUUCAGAAGGAUCCAUCCUGGUUUGUCGAACAUGGCCACGGCACUCGAUCUGCGUUGCGGGACAACGAGAACAGGGCAUACUCCAACUUGCUGCCCCUCUUGCCCACGCUGGUGGAAAGAACCAAUGCUAAAGACUACGUCACGGCGCCUUUGGUUGAAGAGGGAGCCAUGGAGGACUUCAUCAAGGCCCUGCCGGCUUUUGGGGCUCGUACGGACGACGUGGUAGCAGAACAGGCCCCAAAGUCCAGACUUUGA